AUGUCAGGCCCUGAUGGAACCCUCGUCCCAGGGCUGAGGUCUCUACUCAGGGCCCUGCUUUCUCCUCACUCCCCAUUGCCCCUUGGCAGGUUUGUUCUCAUGAACAAGAUGGAUGACCUCAACCUGCACUACCGGUUUCUGAACUGGCGCCGGCGGAUUCGGGAGAUUCGAGAGGUCAGGGCGUUCCGAUAUCAGGAGAGGUUCAAACAUAUCCUUGUAGAUGGAGAUACUUUGAGUUACCAUGGAAACUCUGGUGAAGUUGGCUGCUAUGUGGCUUCUCGACCUUUGACCAAGGACAGCAAUUAUUUUGAGGUGUCUAUUGUGGACAGUGGGGUCCGGGGAACCAUUGCUGUGGGGCUGGUCCCUCAGUACUACAGCUUGGACCACCAGCCCGGCUGGUUGCCCGACUCCGUGGCCUACCAUGCUGACGAUGGCAAGCUGUACAAUGGCCGAGCCAAGGGCCGCCAGUUUGGGUCCAAGUGCAACUCUGGAGACCGGAUUGGCUGUGGCAUUGAGCCCGUGUCUUUCGAUGUGCAGACUGCCCAGAUCUUCUUCACCAAAAAUGGGAAGCGGGUGGGCUCUACCAUCAUGCCUAUGUCCCCGGAUGGAUUGUUCCCAGCAGUGGGCAUGCACUCCCUGGGCGAGGAGGUGCGGCUGCACCUCAAUGCCGAGCUGGGCCGUGAGGACGACAGCGUCAUGAUGGUGGACAGUUACGAGGACGAGUGGGGCCGGCUGCAUGAUGUCAGAGUCUGCGGGACUCUGCUGGAGUACUUGGGCAAGGGCAAGAGCAUCGUGGAUGUGGGUCUGGCCCAGGCCCGACACCCCCUGAGCACCCGCAGCCACUACUUCGAGGUGGAGAUCGUGGACCCUGGAGAGAAAUGCUACAUUGCCUUGGGGCUGGCCCGGAAGGAUUAUCCCAAGAACAGGCACCCUGGCUGGAGCCGAGGGUCCGUGGCUUACCAUGCGGAUGACGGGAAGAUCUUCCAUGGCAGUGGUGUGGGGGACCCCUUUGGGCCACGCUGCUACAAAGGGGACAUUAUGGGCUGUGGAAUCAUGUUCCCCCGGGACUACAUUCUGGACAGUGAGGGGGACAGUGAUGACAGUUGUGACACAGUGAUCCUGUCCCCGACUGCCCGGGCUGUCCGGAACGUCCGGAAUGUCAUGUACCUGCACCAGGAAGGGGAGGAGGAGGAGGAGGAGGAGGAAGAGGAAGACGAUGGGGAAGAGAUAGAGCCAGAGCAUGAGGGCAAGAAGGUGGUGGUUUUCUUCACUCGGAAUGGCAAGAUCAUCGGGAAGAAGGAUGCCGUGGUACCUUCCGGAGGCUUCUUUCCCACCAUUGGAAUGCUGAGCUGUGGGGAAAAAGUCAAAGUAGACCUGCACCCCCUGAGUGGCUAGGGUCCCCCCAGGCCUGUCCCCCCUCGCCCUCGCUGGACCAGCGCCCCAGCCCCCGACUUCCCUGAGGAUUUGCUUACUCAGCAGGCCCCCAGAGGCGCAUGGUCACUCUGCCCCUGUCAGCAGUCCCUGGGCCUGAGUCCCUGGCUGGAUAGGAGUGGGUCCAAAGAACAGUGUUGAUGUGUGGGUGGGUCCCACUCGCCUUGUCGGUGGGCUCUGGGAAGAGGAGUGAGUGCCUGUCUCGGCUGCUGUAGGGCACGAUGCUUUGCAGAGGGUGGAGCAGAGACAGCCCCUGCCUCCUUGCCGUAGUCUUUCUCCUUGAAUUCUCUUUUGCCCCCCUCCUCAUCGUGUGAACCAGUUGCUGCUGUCCCCUGGCGGGGUGAGCGCCCUCUCUGGGGUCCUCCCUGUCCUCUCACUGGCUGCCCCAAAAGACUCCUCGAGGGCCUCCCUUCAUUCCCCUGAAAGUGCCCCCCCAGGCACCCACAGAGCCCCAGUCUCUGGCUCCCCAAGCUGUACCCGCGGGGCGGUGCUUGCGUGUGUGAGCGGGCCUGGGAGGUGGAGGGCACUGGGGCCUGUGCUCCUCUCUCCCUUCCCUCCUGCUCUCACCAGGUCCCUGGCUCCCUGGGGUGGGAGCUGAGGCUCUGGGGCAUGUCUCCCCUGUCUGGCAAGGACAAGACCCCAGAGCCUUCGCCGGGUGAGCCCAGAGGGGUGGUCUGCCCCUUCCCUUUUCUGAGCCCAGCCACGCCUAGCUCGCUACUUGUGCCAGUUGCCUGUUUUGCCUCCGUGUUUGAUUCUAGCACUUACCUGUGACCUCCCCCACCAGGCCCUCGUAUCUCCUACCCCCACGACCCCUGAGUCCCUUCCCAAGCAGUGACUCCUGGGAGGAAGAGGGAGCAGGUGGGCAGUGGUUUGCACAGAGCAGUGGGGAAAGCGGGGGCUGCUGUGCUGCUGGGCUCCCUGGCCCGUCAGGUCCUGCACUAUGAUGUGUGAGAUGUAUGUACAGACCAGAGAUGUUUAUACCGCCAAUAAAGAUGGACUUUCCGUAUUUAUCAGGA